UGCAAUGACGUUUAUUUAUUUGGCCAUCACGGCGUUCUUCAAAGUCCCGGUUAUCCAGAACGAACUCUUGAGAAUCGCUUCUGCAAAUGGAGAAUACAAACAACAAAGGGAAAUCGCCUGCGGCUUAUGUUUCACCUGUUCCGAGUCACAGAGCCCUAUACUCGCUAUACACCUCUGUGUCAUAUCAAUUAUCUCGAGUUUGGUGAAAAACAAAUUCGGUCAGCUUCGAUGACGAUCAAUGGUCAGCACAAUGAAACAGCAUCAGUACGAAGGUUUUGUGAUCGUGCUGGCAAGCCUACGUGGAUUUUGUCUGAAAACGAAUUCGUUGACAUAACAUUUUUCUCCAAAAUUGAGCCGGAGAAUCAUUUUUGGCUCUCCUGGGCGAAUGAGGGAUGUGGCGGUGACAUCUCUUCUCCGAUGAGUGUAAGCGUGGAUGCUGGUAAAUUAAUCACCGAUGCGGCAACUUACGAAUGCACGUGGAAAAUUACCGCGCCUAUUGGAAUGCGAGUGCUUUUUUUGAUUGAAAAGCUCUCGAUUUUUGAAAUUAGUGAAGGAUGCACCGGAAGCGAUAGCGAGCAGUUUGCUGGUCUAGCUUUUUAUUCGGGAACGAGCAACAGGACUGGCUCCGCGCAGAAAGUGCUUUGCGCGAGUAGCACCGCUUCAAACUACACAUCGCAUACAAAUGAAUUGUUCGUAAAGUUCAAAAUUCCAAGUAGGCUGGCCAAACCGGACGCGAACAAACUCAUCAUGAAAGGAGAAGUUUCGUUUGUACAACCGAAAACUGGAGACGAGUGUGGUGCCAUAAUUGAAAGUAUUAAUUUCUUUUUUAAUCAGUAGGU